AGGAAUGUUCAGUACAUAUUUAUGAAAUAUGAGUCCAUUGAUUCCAGAGUAGCGAGUAACAAUGCGAUGCUACGAGUGUAUUUUAUAGAAUGUCUGCCUGCGAAGAAGAGGGGAUCCUGUUUGGCCGUCAUCGACCUCCUCUGGGUUAUGGGAUUUGUGUCGGCUUUAGGGAUAUCCUGGGCCCUCGUGCCGUCCGUCGUCAGGAUGCUGGGAAACGAGUUCAGGCCGAGUUCCUGGAGAGUCCUGGCAGGACUCGGGGGAGCUCCCACCCUAGUGAUGGCCUGCGCCGCAAGUCUUCUUCCUCCUAGUCCUCGGUAUCUCCUCCACCGGAGACGCCCCGAGCAGGCUCUCGCGGUUCUCCAGCAAAUGUACGCCAUUAAUUAUUCGAAGCACGCCGACAACUAUCCGCCCUGCGACCUGGGGGACUGCGUCGAGCCCUGCGAGGACGAGGACGAGGAGUCGCGAGGACUCGUCGAGAAUGUCGGCAGGUAUUUCAGGAAGACCGGGAAGAGGGUCCUGAAAAUCUGCACUCCACCUUUUGCGAGGGUCACGGCUUUGGCGGCAUUCGCGAAUCUUCUCCUGUUUCCUGGGUUCGGCUGGUUCGCUUUGUGGAACGCGCACGUUCUCCAAGAGAUCGUCGGAAACAAGGACGAUGGGUCGUACAAGGAUCAAGGAUGCAUCGUCGAUACCGGAGACAUAGGGCUGAGCUUUCUCCGUAAUUGUCACCAAGUGAACGACGGCCAAUUUCAGUUGUUCUUGCUAUUGUCUGCGAGCUUCGUGAUCGGCGAGGUCCUCCUCGUCAUCGGAAUCGACAGAGUUGGCAGAAGAUUAUCAACCAUUACUUCCGGCCUCGUCGGCGGAACAGCCAUCCUCACCUUGAUAUUCGCAUCGAGACACGUUACUAGAAUCGUCCUGGCCUCCUUCUUCCUGGCCACGUAUGCAACGAGCUAUACCACGGGGAGCAUUUUAGUCCUGGAGAACUACCCCACGUCCGUAAGAGGCACCGCCGUGGGAUUUGUCAGGAUACUGCCGCAUGUGGUGGGAUUUCUUGCAAAGUAUUUCUUCAGCAUGUCUUGUUUGUCGGCUAUCUACAUAGUGGCUGGACUCGUGAUAGGGGCCGCGAUCAUCGCCAUUCCGAUUCCCGAUUUCACGAACCUGCCUAUGCGAGAGUAAAACAAGAAAUUUUCCAUUGACAUUGUAAACGCAUACAAGGAGGGGAUC